AUGACAAAUCUAAUAGUUAUAGUUGGAAUAACAGGUGUCCAAGGCUCUUCAGUGGCAAAUGCAUUCCUCAGCAAUCCUGACUACUCUAUUCGCGGCACCACCCGCGAUCCUUCCUCCGCAAAAGCCAGAGCCCUCUCAGCUAAGGGCAUCGAAAUCGCUCAGGCGGACCUAAACGAUGUCGCUUCUCUUCAACGCGCCUUUCACAACGCUACACUUAUCUUUGGUGUAACAGACUUUUGGACAAUAUUCCAAGAUCCACAGAGUUCUCUCCGCAAGAGGCGCGAUCAGGAACUCGUGGAAUACUGUCACGAUGUUGAGCUUCAGCAGGGAAAAAAUCUUGCUGAUGCGGCGGCUGUCGUGAGUACUUUGAAGAGAUACAUCUUUAGCUCCAUGGCAAAUGCUACGCGCACCAGUAGUGGCAAGUACAGUCAGCUCUACCAUAUGGAUUCAAAAGCAAAGGCAGUGGAGUACGCACAAACUCUAGGUGGUCUCAAGGACAAGUUUUCGCAAAUUCAAGCCCCUAUAUAUUUUGAACUUCCUUGGAAAUGGGGCUUGCCUACAACUCCUAAAAUGCACAAGAACGGCUACCGCAUGACUGUGCCCGGUCCUUCAACUCUGCCAGUGCCAUUUGGUCACGUAUCCGUCGACUUUGGAAAAUGUGUCCUUGCCCUCUCCGACCUCCCACCUAAUACAAACCUCUUCGCCAUUGGUGACCCGAUUUCAUGGGAAGAGUACCUCCGUAUUUUCUGUUCCAGCCAAGGUCUUAGGUUUGGUGGAAUAGACGAAGCGUCAUACGAGGAAUUCUGUACACUGCUACCUGGUGGGCUUGGUCAUGAGUUCGCCCAGAAUGUCUUGUUUGCGCAUGAGUUUGGGUAUGAAGGGCGUGGAGAAAUUUUACGACCGAAAGACAUCGGGUUGAAGAUGACAACAUUUGAAGCUUACUGCGAACAGACGGACUUUUCUGCUAUUAUGAACGGGCACGCUGAGGAAUAA